GCAGGAGACCCAGAUGAUCAUAGUCGAUGUCAAAUGCAGAAUCUAUAAUUUAUGAAAUAAUUACUCCUAUUGAAAACUAUAUGAACAGAAAAGAGCAAGUCUGAAGUUCUCACACCGAUAUCUGUAGUACGUUAAACGAGUGGGUGGGAACUACAUUAACUAGCUCCUCGUCUCUAAAGUGGACUUCGAGAUCAAGCGUCAUUCGGCGGCAUGUCUCCAGGACAGGAGUCGACUGUUGCGCGCAAGGAAAAGUAGCCUCGUCUGGGGUGCAGGGAAUCUAUGGAGACUUGAAAGUCUGACUGAAGGACACGGAGAACGUCAGGUUCUUCUGUGUUGCCACAGGCAGGCAGGCCACCAGAUGACUGGUGUGUACUGGGAGUAGGGCUUUCAGCCGCUGCGCUGCGUUGGAGCACAAUUCACAGCCAUGCAGCAGGUGCUGGAUAACCUGAGAGACAUGCCUCCCACCACGGGGGCCAAAGACAUCGACCUCCUCUUCCUCAAGGGAAUCAUAGAGAGCCCCAUAGUCCGCUCCCUCGCCAAGGCCCAUGAGAGGCUGGCGGAUGUGAAGCUGGAGGCUGUGAGAGACAACAACCAGCAGCUGGUCUCAGAGAUCCUAGACUCCCUCACAGGACUGAGUAGUAGAGACGCCUCCGCUGAGGAACUAACCAACAUCCUCCAGGAACCACACUUCAAGUCUCUGAUUGAGGCCCAUGACAAGGUGGCAGCUAAAUGUUAUGAGAUGCCGUCGGAGGUGAACAGUAAUGCCAUGGCGACCGGCCCCCUCAUGCCCGCCGACGCUGUCAGGAUAAUUGGCAUUCAGAAGAAGGCUGGCGAACCACUGGGUGUGACGUUCAGGGUGGAACGCGGGGAGCUGGUGAUCGCCAGGAUCCUGCACGGCAGUAUGAUCGACCGGCAGGGCAUGCUGCACGCGGGCGACGUGAUCAGGGAGGUGAACGGGCGCGAGGUGGGCAGCGAUCCCAAGGAGCUGCUGGAGCUGCUGAGGGACUGCCAGGGGGGCGUCACCCUCAAGAUCCUGCCCAGCUACCGCGACACUCCAGCACCCCCACAGGUGCAUCUGAAACCCCACUUUAACUACAGCCCAGCCACAGACAACCUGAUCCCCUGUAAGGAAGCUGGCCUGGCCUUCUCUAAAGGAGAUGUUUUGCACAUUGUCAACAGAGAGGACCCUAACUGGUGGCAGGCAGUCAACAUUGUGGGAGGAGCCACAGGACUGAUCCCCAGUCAGUUCUUAGAGGAGAAGAGGAAGGCCUUUGUGAGGAGAGAAUGGAAUGGAUCAGGUGUUCUCUGUGGGACAUUAACAGGAAAGAAGAAGAAGAAGAAGAAGAUGAUGUACCUGAUGUCCAAGAAUGCAGAGUUUGACCGCCACGAGCUGCAGAUCUACGAAGAGGUGGCCAAGAUGCCUCCAUUCCAGAGGAAGACCCUGGUUCUGAUUGGUGCUCAGGGAGUGGGCCGGCGCAGUCUGAAGAACAGACUGAUCGUCAUCAACCCCCUGCUCUAUGGAACCACCGUCCCCUUCACGUCUCGGCCUGCUCGGGAGGAGGAGAGAGACGGCCAGUCGUACUGCUUUGUGUCCCGGUCCCAGAUGGAGACAGACAUUAAGGCCCGUCGCUACCUGGAGCAUGGAGAGUACGAUGGAAACCUCUACGGAACCAAGAUGAACUCCAUCCACGAGGUGGUGGACGCAGGACGUACCUGCAUACUGGACGUUAACCCACAGGCGCUGAAGCAGUUGAAGACAGCAGAGUUCAUGCCGUUUGUGGUGUUUGUUGCUGCUCCACCACUGGACACACUAAGAGCUAUGCACAAAGCCGUGGUGGACGCUGGACUCACCACCAAACUGCUCACGGAGACAGAUCUGAAGAAGACGGUGGAUGAGAGCGCCAGGAUCCGCCGGGCCUACAGCCACUACUUUGACCUGACCAUCGUUAACGACAACCUGGACAAGGCCUUUGAGCAGCUGCAGGCGGCCGUGGAGCAGCUGUGUUCUGAGCCCCAGUGGGUCCCUGUCAGCUGGGUGUACUGAGAGACACAGCCUGGUUAGGCUGCUCCCUACUGGGCUGGAGGACACGCCACCCGCUGCUGGGCCCAGGAGCACAUGGAGACUUGGAAGAGGUUGUCCCUAACCACCACGGUUGGGGUCAAUUUUAAUUCUGGAUUUUCAGGAAGUAGAUGAACUACAAUUCCACAUUUUUCCCAUUGAGGAAAAGUGGAAUGUCAGUGAACUUCCUAAAUUGACUGAAUUGAAAUGGAAUUGACCCCUACAGGGAUGUGAGAGCUAAGGACCCAUUGAGACUUAUGUUUGUAUGGCAGCCCCAGUGGAGCCUAGCCUCACCUAGCCCCACCCCGUCUAGCACCACCCUGCCUAGCACCACCCCGCCUCACCUAGCACCACCCCGCCUAGCCCCACCCUGCCUAGCACCACCCCGCCUAGCCCCACCCUGCCUAGCCCCUCCAGGCUCAGUCUGCUCUGCACCACAGGCCCCAUCUGUACACUAUGCAACUCUCUGGAUACGUCCCAAAUAGCACCCUAUUCCCUAUGUAGUGCACUACUUCUGACCAGCACUACAUAGGGAGUAGGGAGCCAUUCGGAAUAGAACCAAUGUUCACAAUACACAAGAAGAACUUUAUUUAUUGAACAUAGUUUUCUAACUUUAACUUGACUACCUUUCUGUUCAUAUGGAACGAGAAACAAAAUCAUGGAGUUGAGGAUAUUUUAAAAAUAUUUAAUGUUUUAUUUUAUCACUGUUGGUUGCUCAUAACGUUUAGAACAAUAAUACAAGCGUAUUUAUUCUGAAAGGAGAUGUGAGAAGGGCUUGCUUUGUGACGAUACCUCAGUGUGUUAAAACUCUUCUCAGUUUACAUUGCAUACAAUACUUCAUCUCCUGGCCACUGUCCCAAAUGACACCCUAUUCCUUUAUAUAGUGCACUACUUUCACCGGAGCCUUAUCAGCCCUGGUCAUAAGUAGUGCACAACAUAGAGAAUAGGGUGCUAUUUGAGAUGCACACCCGGUCUCAUCUCUGAACCCUCCAUGUAGAAUAACAGCCAUGUUCUCUCUCUUUAAGGCAGACUAAGGGCUGAGAGAGAGGUGGUAAUAUCACACCACAUCUGUGAUAUAAAGGUCUUUGUUGCUGUUUCUUGGAUGAGACCAUAAUGUAGGCUAAUACAAUCCCCCCCCCCCCCCCUGUUACGCCGCUUUCUGUGUGACGAGAUUGUGAAUGGUUUCAUUAAAGGUCGACUCGAGAUGUCGUUGCGUGCACAAAGUUAACAUGUAGUGGAUCCAUUUCCUCCACAACUAGGGAGCAUGGAGCACGAGGUUAAACUACUCCGCUGUUCUGGUCCUGUAGCUACCACGUUGUAGCAGUGUGAAGCGCGAGGUUAAACUACUCCGCUGUUUUGGUCCUGUAGCUACCACGUUGUAGCAGUGUGAAGCGCGAGGUUAAACUACUCCGCUGUUCUGGUCCUGUAGCUACCAUGUUGUAGCAGCGUGAAGCGCGAGGUUAAACUACUCCGCUGUUCUGGUCCUGUAGCUACCACGUUGUAGCAGUGUGAAGCGCGAGGUUAAACUACUCCGCUGUUUUGGUCCUGUAGCUACCACGUUGUAGCAGCGUGAAGCGCGAGGUUAAACUACUCCGCUGUUUUGGUCCUGUAGCUACCACGUUGUAGCAGUGUGAAGCGCGAGGUUAAACUACUCCGCUGUUUUGGUCCUGUAGCUACCACGUUGUAGCGCGAGGUUAAACUACUCCGCUGUUUUGGUCCUGUAGCUACCACGUUGUAGCAGUGUGAAGCGCGAGGUUAAACUACUCCGCUGUUCUGGUCCUGUAGCUACCAUGUUGUAGCAGCGUGAAGCGCGAGGUUAAACUACUCCGCUGUUUUGGUCCUGUAGCUACCAUGUUGUAGCAGCGUGAAGCGCGAGGUUAAACUACUCCGCUGUUUUGGUCCUGUAGCUACCACGUUGUAGCAGUGUGAAGCGCGAGGUUAAACUACUCCGCUGUUUUGGUCCUGUAGCUACCAUGUUGUAGCAGCGUGAAGCGCGAGGUUAAACUACUCCGCUGUUCUGGUCCUGUAGCUACCAUGUUGUAGCAGCGUGAAGCGCGAGGUUAAACUACUCCGCUGUUUUGGUCCUGUAGCUACCACGUUGUAGCAGUGUGAAGCGCGAGGUUAAACUACUCCGCUGUUCUGGUCCUGUAGCUACCAUGUUGUAGCAGCGUGAAGCGCGGGGUUAAACUACUCCGCUGUUUUGGUCCUGUAGCUACCACGUUGUAGCAGUGUGAAGCGCGAGGUUAAACUACUCCGCUGUUCUGGUCCUGUAGCUACCACGUUGUAGCAGUGUGAAGCGCGAGGUUAAACUACUCCGCUGUUUUGGUCCUGUAGCUACCACGUUGUAGCAGUGUGAAGCGCGAGGUUAAACUACUCCGCUGUUUUGGUCCUGUAGCUACCACGUUGUAGCAGUGUGAAGCGCGAGGUUAAACUACUCCGCUGUUUUGGUCCUGUAGCUACCAUGUUGUAGCAGCGUGAAGCGCGAGGUUAAACUACUCCGCUGUUUUGGUCCUGUAGCUACCACGUUGUAGCAGUGUGAAGCGCGAGGUUAAACUACUCCGCUGUUUUGGUCCUGUAGCUACCACGUUGUAGCAGUGUGAAGCGCGAGGUUAAACUACUCCGCUGUUUUGGUCCUGUAGCUACCACGUUGUAGCGCGAGGUUAAACUACUCCGCUGUUUUGGUCCUGUAGCUACCACAUUGAUGCAGCGUGAAGCGCACAUGCUUUGUGUGACUGUAUCUCACUCAUCUCUAUAUCUUCGUUGCAACGUCAUCUCGAGGAGUCUACUUUUAAAUUCCAUUGUAUCGUCAGCGGACGGUCUCCCAGUUGGGUCAGUACUCUUGUCAGUACAUGUCUGUAUGGUGCUGUGUUUUAUGUUGGAAUAAUACUUCCAGGAGACUGGACCUUGACAGCGUACUGCAUCUGAGAACUAUCUCUUUGUGAUAUUACUGAAACUUAACCAACUGCCAUAUCUACUUAAAAGUUAUAUAUUUUACAAUUUCAACAGAGCAAAACAUUGUAUUUUCAGAUGUGUCAAAUAAAUUAACUUUUUUUUUUUUUUUUACAACUUGUACUUAUCUCAGGUCAUAUUUAUCAUAUCCAGAGUGUGUAAAAAUGUGACUUAAUUUAUUUCACAGAAGGGUAUAUUUGUUUAUUUAAACAAAUCCUAUUUCAAAGGUGUAAAUGUCUCCCAUAUUAGUCAAUAGAAACAACCAUUUGGCUUAGUUCAUUAAAUGUCAGUAGUUACAGUGCCUUCAGGAAGCAUUCACAACCCUCAACUUUUCACACAUUUUGUUGUUACAGCCUGAAUUUGUUUUUUUAUUUACAUUUAGAUUUUAUCACUGGCCAGCACAUAACACCCCAUAAUGUCAAAGUGGAAUUGUUUAUUUUUUACAAAUUAACUAAAAAUUUAAAGCUGAAAUGUCUAGAGUCAAUAAGAAUUCAACCCCUUUAUGGCAAGCAUACCAAGACAGUGGCCAAGAUACAAUUUUAACUUAAAUAUAUGGCAAUACCUGAAAACGGUGGUCUAGAAAUGAUUAACAACCAAUUUGACAGAGCUUGAAGAAUUGAGAAAAUAAUGUGCAGAUGUUUCACUAUCCAGGUGUGGAAAGUGCUUAGACUUACCCAUAAACACUCACACCUGUAAUCACUGUCAAAGGUGCUUCUACAACAUAGUGACUCGGGUGUGAAAACUCAUGUAACUUAUAUUUAUAUAUAUUUCAUUUAAGUAAAUUUGAAAACGUGUUUAUUAUGGGGUAUUUGUGUCUAGAUGGGUGAGGGGAAAACAGAUCUAUAUAAUCCAGGCUAUAACAAAACGUGGAAUAAGUCCAUGGGUGUAAAUACUUUCUGAAGACACUAUAACAAACAUAUAAAACACAACAUGUAAAGUUUUGGUCCCAUGUUUCAUGAGCUGAAAUAAAAGAUCCCAGAAAUGU